AUGUGUGAACUUGUCUUGAACCCGCAAACCUGCUACUGUGGUGCUCCGCCUAUGGUUGCAACAUCUAACAGUAGGAAUGAUCCAGGUAGAAGAUAUUACACCUGCACAAAUGUAGAUGAUGGAGAAUGCCAUGUUUGGAAAUGGUGGGAUGUGGCGGUAAUGGAGGAGAUGAGAGCCAAAGAUAGACAUGUCCUUCAACUUGCUGAAAAGGUAGAUAGUCUUACCCUAUUGAGUGACUAUGAGACUGAGCAGAAGCUGGUUAGGCUUGAGAAAAUUGUGUCUGAUAUAGCUAAGGAGAAAUCAAAAUUUACCAGUGGGUUUGAGUACUUUUUAGGUGUAAUGGUGAUCGCUUAUGUGAUCAAGGCUUAUGGCAUCAAGGCUGUUGGCAUCAAGGCUGUUGUAAUGAACUUUUUUCUUAUGAUCAAGGCUGUUGUAAUGUACGUGUAA